GGCUAGCUUGAAGUGGUGGGUGUUGACAUGUCAGCUGAUUGCGGCAUGCAAAGCCUCUUGUUUAGUUAGCUUAGCUUAGUCGGAUGUUUGUUUUUGUCAUGAGCUAGGCGGCCUUUAAACGAACCGCACGGUUUUAACGCAUAUUCAAGGUUUUAGCGCACUUCCGGUCUCCGUCAGUCGCCUGCCGUGUUGUUGUUGUUGUGCUCUUGUCGGUGAAGCUGCAGUUUUUAUUUAGAUUUUGUUUUUGUCAGAGAGAGCAGGAAGAGUCUGCUGCAUUGCAGCCCGCCGCUGAUGGAAUUCAAACACACAUCGAUGGCGACUCCAGGUCCAAACGGCUCGUCGGCACCGAGCGGUACCGCGGGACCGGCCGCCCAUCAUUACCAGCAGCAGCACGUCACGACCAUGAGCAGCCUGCAGGAAUCCAACACCUGCUGGAGAUGUCAGAGUGAAACAGGGUUUCAGAUAAACCUGUCUGGAGCUCCCCCAAGCAAACGUAAAGCCCUGAAGCUGAACUUCGCCAACCCCUCCAUCAAACCCUCGACCAGAUUCUCUCUGAACACGGCCGGGCCUCCGUUUCAGAACCCGCACAUAGAGCGGCUGAGAACGCACAGCAUUGAGUCGUCAGGGAAGCUAAAGAUCUCCCCGGAGCAGCACUGGGACUUCACGGCCGAGGAUCUCAAAGAUCUGGGCGAGAUCGGCCGAGGGGCGUACGGCUCGGUCAACAAGAUGGUGCACAAGCCGAGCAACACCAUCAUGGCCGUCAAGCGGAUCCGGUCGACCGUGGACGAGAAGGAGCAGAAGCAGCUUCUGAUGGACCUGGACGUGGUCAUGAGAAGCAGCGACUGUCCGUACAUCGUCCAGUUCUACGGUGCGCUCUUCAGAGAGGGCGACUGUUGGAUCUGUAUGGAACUCAUGGCUACCUCCUUAGACAAGUUUUACAAGUUUGUUUAUUGCACAUUAGACGACGUGAUUCCAGAAGAAAUAUUAGGAAAAAUAACUUUAGCUACUGUGAAAGCUCUUAACCACUUAAAGGAAAACUUGAAAAUAAUUCACCGAGACAUUAAGCCGUCAAACAUCUUGCUGGACAGAAACGGGAACAUAAAGCUCUGUGACUUCGGCAUCAGCGGCCAGCUGGUCGACUCCAUCGCUAAAACCAGAGAUGCGGGCUGCAGGCCAUACAUGGCGCCGGAGAGAAUAGACCCCAGCGCGUCCAGGCAGGGCUACGACGUCCGCUCAGACGUUUGGAGUUUGGGAAUCACUCUGUACGAGCUGGCCACGGGACGGUUCCCCUACCCAAAGUGGAACAGCGUGUUCGACCAGCUGACCCAGGUGGUCCGAGGAGACCCACCUCAGCUCAGCAACUCUGAGGAGAGACGCUUCUCCCCUAAAUUCAUCUCGUUUGUCAACGCUUGCCUUACAAAGGACGAGUCGAAGAGACCAAAGUACAAAGAACUGCUGAGGGACCCGUUCAUCCAGAUGUACGAGGAGCGCUCCGUGGACGUGGCCUGUUACGUCUGCAGGAUCCAGGAUCAGAUGCCGGCGUCGCCCAGCUCGCCCACAUAUAUGGACUGAUCGCAGAAGCACGUCAUUUAACCUCCUGCAAGCAGAAAAACAAAAACGUUGCCUAAAGUAAUCCUGUCCGUUUGUUUGGUCCCGUUGUUGCAGUGUUAGGACAACUUCUCUGUAUAUAAGAACACGCUUCAGUUUCUCUUGUUCUCAACCUCACAGAUGAGAUUUAUCUCAGAAAAAAAACUGGAUCUGUAUUUAUGGAACUGAAAUUGUGGAUUUUUAAAUUUAGAGUCUUCAGAAUCAUCCUGUUUGUGAAUCGUUCCACCUCUUGGGUGAAAUGAACACAUUGUUGUUCAGUAAUUAAUCAAGCUGCGCAGGUAAAACAGACUUAAAGUGUCGGAGUCGAGCCGGGCUUUCAGAACCGUCGCCUCUGCAGUGGACUCUGAGCUGAAUGAAUAAAGAGA